AAAUUUCAGUGCAAGGGUUCAGUUUUUGGUAUUUGGUGCGUAUUAUCGAGGACGUUGUCGUGUUUCUGUAGUAAGUUGAAUGUGUAAGAGGAACGAGGAGCGGUGAUAAAUCGCUCACUGCAGCAACAAUCCUGCUACAUUCAACUGCAUUACCGUCUUACAGCCAAGCUGGCCCUGGUAACCUCACGUUCUCCAGUGGGGUGGCCAGUAGUAACAGUAGCAGUAGCCGUAGCAGCUCUAUCCGAAGUCCGUCAACCACUUCACAAGCAGUAAAUUUGGACCAAAACAUAUUAAUUGAUGGAAAAUCACCAGUGAUAACAUUUCCGGUUGCUGAUCAAUCAGUCACAGCUAGCCUUACUCAUGAAAGCUGUGAUAGUGAAAGAUCCACUCCGAAAGAUAUCAAAAGCAAUAUAUUGCAACCGUCCAGUAAUCCACAAUCCGUACUCGCUACUUCCGAUUCCAAUAUUACCUUAUGGCAAUUCCUUCUGGAGUUGCUGCUUAAGGGUGAACAUACUGAUCUGAUCCAAUGGACAAAUCAGCAAGGCGAAUUUAAGUUACUGGAUGCAGAAGCGGUUGCACGAUUAUGGGGACAACGUAAAAGUAAACCACAUAUGAAUUAUGACAAAUUAUCACGUGCAUUGCGAUACUAUUAUGACAAAAAUAUCAUCAAAAAGGUGAUUGGACAAAAAUUUGUAUAUCGAUUUGUGACAUUUCCGGAAGGAUGUACACCUGAUGCGUUGCAAUGUACAAUCGCACGAGAUACCGAUGGUAUGUCAACUGACUGCGUUGUUGCUGCAGACUGUCAUGGCUUGAUGCGGAGUAGUAGCUCACCAGCUGUUCCAUCUUCAGUGGUUCCCGGUUCAGGUGCUAUCGAUGCGCAAGCUAUGCAAGCCAUCUGUAUGCCCAAUAUGAGUGCAUCACCUUCUGCGAGCACAAAGAAUGGCGAAAGUAAUGGAGGAUUAGAAGCGACAACAGAGAGUGUGCUUACUUCAGUAAGUGGAGAUACUCCGGCGGUGAGGACAGCGAUGAACACAACAACAACAACAGCAGCAGCAGCAGUAGCAGCACUGGAUUUUUCCCCCGUACCUUCCACUAGUGGACAGUGUUCGUUUAACGGUGUAUCGGCAAACUGUUCUCCACCGAGUGGUUACCAAAAUGCGAUCAAUGCAAACGUUGAUUCUGGAGUGAUAUGCAGAAAGAGGAAAACUCCGAUGUUUAGUUGUAGCGCUCCCGAAACAAUCACUACAGUGGCAUCACCCUCGUCCUCGACGGUCCCAUCUUCCAUUAUGCCUCUGUCGAAGUCGCUAUCAUAUCCUUCAAAUCCUUCGGCAACAAUUACGGAUAGCCGGAGUGGAACUCAUGGUACCCAAAUACCUUCCUUAAAACGGGUUAAACCACGUCCACUUAAUCUUUCUGCUACAGCAGCAUUCUCGAACGGAUCCGAAUUGUCAUCAUCAUCAUCAUCCAACAAUUUACUGGUACCCUCACCUUUUUUCCUCCACAACAAUACAGGUAAUGCGUAUACGAACACGUCACCUCUGGUUACUCAGUUCAGUCAGCUUUAUGCAGCUGCUUCGCUUUCUGCUGGUUUGUGUCCAACGAGUCCAUUCACGUCGUUACUUACGACAGCAGCAGUAAGCCCAAUGCUUGGAGCUUUGGGAUCACCCAUGGCUGCAUCCAAGUUGACUCCAACAACCGCUAACCUUCAGCAACCAAUCUUCCAGUUUCCACCGAAUCCAUCUCAUAUGGCAGCAAUGGCUACUGCAGCAAUGAUGUCACCAUUGAUGCCUUUUCUUGGUGCUGCUAUGAACUUGAACGGUAACGGUUGUCCAACCUAUGGACGUAGCAAUUUUGUAAGCCGUAGUCCGGAAAGUUUGAAAACACCGGUUGUACCGUUUCCGAAAGAUUUCUAAUAUUCCUUUGAUUUGAAGUUGUGUUUAAUUGCAAUAUUCAUUGGUUUGUUUAUUUGUUUGUUUAUUUGCUCAGGUGCCACUAUGCUACUACAGCUAUUAUCUUAUCCCAAUUUAUCGUACACAAUUAAAUUUCUGAAAUAUUCGUACGCUUGUAAUAUUGAAUAAUCUGUGCGUUAGACGGUUAUGAUAUUUUGG